AUGGAAUAUCGUUUCUAUGCAAAUGACUUUAUCAAUGCCAUAUUGUGUGAUAUUAAUAAUGCCACCUAUAAGGUUUUAUAUCAAAGACAAAAAAUCUUUUUGCAUUUAAAACAUAAUGAAAUUAUUUUAAUGGAUAAUAUAAGAUCAUUCAAAUAUUUUUUCAGCAAAUUAUAUAAUGUGGGCAAUAUGAAUCUCUCACGCACUUUACUGUUUAUCUCUUCACUGAAAACCUUGGAUUACGAUACAAUUUAUUUAAUAUUUAAAGAUUUAUAUCGUAUGGAUAUAAUAAGAAUAGUAUUAGUGGUAGAAUUGUCGCAGGAUGAUAUUGUCAUGUUAACUUAUUUUCCCUUUACACCCACAUCUUGUCGAAGUUUUGAACCUGUUAUUAUAAAUCAUUAUUUGGUUGACGAACAGCGUUGGGAAAAUAUUGACUAUUUUCCCCAUAAGUUAAAUAAUUUUUAUGGAUGUCGUGUUACUUGCUGCACCUGGCAAGAUAUGCCUUAUCUUAGUGUGAAGCCAUAUAAGAAAAAUAAUAAUAAUGCUAUAGAUUAUGUAGGCAUGGAAGCAGAGCUAUUGAAAUUUGUAGCUGGACGAUUGAAUUUUUCGAUAGAUAUCAAUUGGAUUGAUCCAAUUAAGGAAGAUGUUACUAAUAAAGGAGCUAUUUUUGCUAAGGUAAAGUUGUUGGAAUUCGUAUUGGGAGGUAAAAGUAAUUUCGUUUCGGCUAUAAAGUUUGAUGGCGAUAUUCAUAUUGAUUUUGUCAUUACGUUUGUAAUACGUAGAUGUAUUGGUCUAAGACCCAUAAAAAUGUUUGCCCGUACUUGUGACUUUGCAUUGGGUGGCUUUAGCUAUAGAAAAGAUUUAGAUUCUACCUCAACAUUUUCACAAACUAAUUACUUUAUGCUCAGUCCCAUCUAUAUAGUUACUAACGUUAUCAAUUUCUAUACGACAUAUGAAAAACUAGCAUUUCCAUUUCAUUAUACCGUAUGGUUUGCGCUUGGUUUAAUUUUUGCUCUAAGCUCUUUACUCAUCUGUACUUGUGGACAACGACGACAAUGGUUACGUUAUCGAAAUUUUUUAAUUGGUUCCGCUAAUAAAACACCCCACUUCCAUUUGUAUGCGCUGGCGGUGGGCGCCACAAUGACAACGGCUCAAAUGCCAAAACAUAAUUUUGCACGAUUUCUACUCACCUGCUGGCUAAUGGUAACGUUAAUACUACGCAAUGCCUAUCAGUCGGGCAUUUAUCAAAUGUUGCGUGACAAUAAGCAAUGGAAUCCACCGCAAACGAUUGAAAAUGUAUUUGAGCAAAACUAUUUGAUUAGCACGACACCGGAAAAUCGUAGAUAUUUUGAUAUUCUGCCGGAUGUUAAGCGCAAGCAGCUUUUUAAUACCACAAUAUUGGAAACAUUUUCAGAAUUGUUAAAUGCUGAAAAACCGAUAGCCUUCAUCACACCCUACGAGUACUAUGGCUAUUUUGGCAAAGUGAACGGUAGUCAGUGGCAACAUUUGCAUUUGGUUAGAGAGCGUCUGUUAACACAGCAACUAACCAUUUAUGUACGUCAUCAUUCAUACUUUAUAAAUGUACUAAAUGACCAGAUAUCCGAUGCACAAUACCACGGCUUUAUAACAUUGUGGAAUCGUCAAUAUAGUCUUUCAAUGACGACAGCAUUAAAACUUUCCUCUUACAUUCAAAUGAAUGGCCAUUUAAAUUCGGAUAAAAAUCCUCUAUCAAUGAAUGAAUUGGGUGCAAUUUUUAUGAUUUUAGUCUGGUUGCAUGUGCUCUCAUGUGGAGUUUUUCUAAUCGAAUUAAUGUGGCAUCGUUAUGGUAAUGUUGUUAGAAAUUGGUUACAUUUAAAGUUUAAGUUGUAA